AUGGAGACCAAGAACCCCACGGCGAAGGUGCUGAAAGACCUCCAUUGGCUUCAAACAAAUAACCAUUUUGCAGUACCGCCACACACACCGGGAGGAGGAGGCUUAUUCAUAUCCUGGAAAAAAGACAUUGACCUGCAAGUUAGAUCAUCAUCCCACAAUUUCAUUGACGCUAUUAUAUCCUACAAAGGAAAAACGUGGCAAACAACAUUUGUUUAUGGUGAACCGGAUCAAUCAAAACGAUAUGAGGCUUGGAAAACUCUAUCAUCUUUAAAACCAGCAUCAGGAGAUCCAUGGCUACUAACAGGAGAUUUUAAUGAGAUAAUAGACAAUAGUGAAAAGUGUGGAGGGCCAGAAAGAGCUGAAGGCACCUUCUGUGCUUUCAGAGGUUUUCUUUCUGAAAACGGACUAUUUGAUCUAAAAUUCUCUGGGAGAUACUUAUCUUGGAGAGGAAAGCGACACUCGCAUCUGGUCCUGUGUAGACUGGACAGAACAGUGAGCAACAGUGAAUGGGCGGAGAUCUUUCCCUCGAGCAGAAACCAGUAUCUGAAGUUCGAAGGCUCCGACCACAGACCUCUGCUGACUUUCCUUGAUACCUCAAGGAAAAAGAGCGCAAAAAUCUUUAGAUUUGACAGGCGUUUAAAUGAGAAUGAAGAGAUUAAAAAGCUUAUUACAGAGAUUUGGGAAAGCUCACCUCAGCUAUCAGUGGAAGGAAGAUUAACCCUCUGCAGACGAGCCAUUUGUACCUGGAGUAAGAAGUUUCAUGAGAGUAGUCAGAAGGCUUUAGAGGAGACAAAGGAGAAGCUGGAAGCAGCAUUACUAAACACUAACCCGGAUGAGGAGCUAAUCCAUGAGCUAAACAUGAAACUGCUACACCUGUAUAAGGCCGAAGAGAGUUUCUGGCAACAGAGAAGCAGACAACUCUGGUUAGUACUUGGGGAUUCAAAUACGGGUUACUUUCAUGCGGUAGCUAAAGGGAGAUCAGCUAGAAACAAAUUCUCAGUAAUAACAGAUGACAGAGGAGUACAUGUGUAUGAGGAGGAGGAGAUCUCAAAAGUCAUUUCUGCUUAUUACUCGAAGCUCUUCCAGUCUUGUCCAUUCGAUGGCCAGCAUACAAUCUCAGAGGCCUUACAACCCUGCAUCACAAAGGAACAAAAUGAGAAACUCAUAAUGAUGCCGCAAGCUAAGGAAAUCAAGGAAGCUACAUUUGCAAUCCAUGCGGAUAAGGCCCCGGGGCCUGAUGGCUUCUCAGCCAGUUUCUUUCAGUCGAAUUGGGAAGUCGUCGGUCCAGCAGUCGUUAAGGAGAUUCAGAUCUUCUUUGCAUCGGGUAUCCUCGCACCAUCAAUCAAUAAGACACAUGUGAGAUUGAUUCCAAAAAUCUCAGGGGCACAAAGAGUGGAGGACUACAGACCUAUUGCGCUAUGCAAUAUUUUCUACAAGAUAAUCUCGAAGUUGCUAUCUAUUAGACUCAAAACGGUGCUGAGCUCUAUCAUUUCAGAAAAUCAAUCAGCUUUUGUCCCUGGAAGGGCAAUAGCAGACAAUGUAUUGAUUACUCACGAGUCAAGACAGAUAUGUCAAAAGCCUAUGACCGAAUCGAAUGGAACUUUGUUCUACAAGUCCUACAACGACUGGGAUUUCAUACGAAGUGGGUUAACUGGAUCAUGCAAUGUAUUACUACGUGAGGUUUUGUCAGGCUUGUGUAAGAGCGCAGAGAAGAAGGGACUCCUCCAAGGGGUCAGAGUAGCACGAGGAAGCCCGAGAGUUAGCCAUUUGUUGUUCGCAGACGACACGAUGUUCUUCGCAGACGACACGAUGUUCUUCGGAUUAGCAUCACCUACAAACUGUGAAACCUUGGUGAAGAUCCUGAAAGACUACGAACGAGCAUCUGGGCAGAUGAUCAACAAGGCCAAGUCGUCCAUCACUUUCUCGAGUAAGACUCCCCCUGAAGUAAAAGAACAAGUAAAGCUAAGGCUGGGGAUUACAAAAGAAGGAGGACUAGGCAAGUAUUUAGGAUUGCCUGAACACUUUGGCAGGAAGAAAAAGGAUCUGUUUACCUCUAUUGUGGAUAAAAUCCGACAGAAGGCGGUUAGUUGGUCGUCAAAGAAGCUCUCUCGUGCAGGGAAGCUCACCAUGCUCAAAUCAGUGCUAAGCGCCAUCCCAACCUACACAAUGUCCUGUUUUCAACUACCAGUUAGUCUUUGUAAACGGAUCCAAUCGGUCCUAACUAGAUUCUGGUGGGAUGGAACAGAAGACAAGAAAAAGAUUAGUUGGGUCUCUUGGGAUCGACUAACACAGCCUAAGGCGAUGGGAGGGUUGGGACUGAGGGAUAUACAAAUUUUUAAUCAAGCUCUCCUAGCUAAAUUGGCGUGGCGCCUAGUAACAGCACCAGAAAGUCUGCUGGCACGAGUUUUGUUGGGAAAAUAUUGCCAUGGUAAACACUUUCUAGAGGUACAAUCCCCUCAAACAUGUUCGCAUGGAUGGAGAGGGAUACUAUUUGGCAGAGAUCUCCUAACAAAGAAUCUAGGCAAAGCAGUAGGUAACGGGCAAACGACUCGGUUGUGGAAGGAUUCCUGGAUAGUGAUGGACAGAAUGGAGAAGCCUAUGGGACCUAUGAAGGAAUCCGACCUAGACCUCAUUGUCUCAGACCUUCUAACUGAUGAUCUACAGUGGAACAGCAAGAGAAUAAACGAGGUCUUACCGGAGUAUCUAGAGCAGAUUCUGUGCAUCCAGCCAAGUCGUAAAGGAGCAGAGGACUCAUAUAUUUGGCACCCAACAGCUUCUGGUAUCUACUCGACAAAAUCUGGAUACUAUGCGGCGUCCAUUUCCUACACAGAGUGUGUCCCUUUGAAAACAGCAGUUCACAUAGCUGCGGAUGACUCUUUCAAAGAGGUGAUAGUAAAGUUUCGUUCGGCUGUCUGUCUGCCACCUUCGGGUUUCACCCUCAACAUUCUCCCUUGGAUUUACUGGGCAAUUUGGUUAGCUAGGAACGCCCUGAUCUUCGAAGACAGACGUUUUAGCCCUGAGGACACAGCUCUAAAGGGUUUGAGACUAGCAAAGGAAUGGUUGGAAGCGCAAGGAAAUAAAUCAGGAGAGCUAUUACCUUCCCUUCGAGUUCAAGACACACAUCGUCCCCCAACAUCUUCAGUAUCACAGCAAAUCAUCUGUCAUACGGAUGCAGCAUGGAAGUCAGACAAAAAAAUGGCGGGACUAGGAUGGAUCUUCACGGGACCUUCGCUGGCUACUUCUUCUCAGGGAUCGAUGAUCCAUCGCUUCGUCAACUCACCGCUGAUCGGAGAAGCCCUAGCGGUUCGAUCGGCUCUCUGCAUGGCGCUUACUCGGGACUUCACAGAGCUCCAAGUUUGCUCCGAUAACAAAACGCUCAUCCGAACUAUAUCAGGCGAAUCUCAGUCUAAAGAAAUCAUCGGAAUCGUCUCUGACAUCCGAGUGAUCUCCUCUGAAUUUGCAAGCAUCUCUUUCUCUCAUAUUCCUAUAUCGAUGAACUCGGUUGCGGAUGGAGUAGCCAAAGAGGCGCUUCUAUCUUCUUUGUUUGUGUAA